AUGACCACUUUCAGAUUUUGUCGAGACUGCAACAAUAUGCUGUAUCCUAGAGAGGAUAAGGACAACCAGAGACUUCUGUUCGAAUGUCGUACGUGCGCGUAUGCAGAAGAAGCAGGGACGCCCAUGGUGUAUCGUCACGAACUGAUCACAAAUAUUGGUGAAACGGCCGGUGUAGUACAAGAUAUCGGAUCAGAUCCAACUCUUCCGCGUUCGGACAGAGAAUGCCCGCGGUGCCACUCACAUGAAAACGUGUUUUUCCAGUCGCAGCAACGGCGUAGUGACACCUCCAUGGUACUUUUCUUCGUGUGCUUAGGAUGCUCACACAUCUUUACAAGUGACCAGAAAAAUAAACGUACAGCGUUCAAUUAG